GACCGCCGACCGAGCAUUAAACGGGUGCCCCCCGACCUGCUCCUCUCACUACCACCAGUGGCAGAGGCAGUGGUGUUUCCAUCAUGGCAUCGCUCUGUGCUUCCUCUUCUGCAGUCGCUGCAGUCGCCAGGUCUCGGAAGAACGGAGCUGCUGCCGUUGCUGCAACCAAGGCAUCAUUUCUUGGAGGAAGGAAACUGAGGCAGGGGAAGCGGGCGGCACGGGCACAAACUGCACGCCGGGAGCUCUCGGUGUCUGCUGCCGCUGCACCUGAGAGGCCUCUCUGGUUCCCAGGCAGCACCCCUCCACCAUGGCUUGAUGGCAGCCUUCCUGGAGAUUUUGGCUUCGAUCCUUUGGGUCUCGGUAAGUCUGAGCUCGUCGAACCCUUACAGACCACCAUGUCAUGGUGCUUACGGCAACAAAAGAUGAACGAGUGGGUCUUCUUUACACGUGCAGGCUCUGAUCCUGAGAGCCUGAGAUGGAACCAGCAAGCGGAGAUCGUCCACUGCCGGUGGGCGAUGCUGGGCGCUGCCGGCAUCUUCAUCCCGGAGCUGCUCACCAAGAUCGGCAUCCUCAACACCCCCUCGUGGUACACCGCCGGCCAGCUGCAGUACUUCACGGACACCACCACCCUGUUUGUGAUCGAGCUCAUUUUGAUCGGGUGGGCCGAGGGGCGGAGGUGGGCGGACAUCAUCAAGCCCGGCUGCGUCAACACCGACCCCAUCUUCCCCAACAACAAGCUCACCGGCACCGACGUCGGCUACCCCGGCGGCUUCUGGUUCGACCCCCUCGGCUGGGGCAGUGGCUCGCCGGAGAAGGUGAAGGAGCUGAGGACCAAGGAGAUCAAGAACGGGAGGCUGGCGAUGUUGGCCGUGAUGGGCGCAUGGUUCCAAGCCAUCUACACCGGAACAGGGCCCAUCGACAACCUCUUCGCGCACCUUGCCGACCCCGGCCAUGCCACAGUUUUCUCUGCUUUCACCCCCAACUGAGCAAGGAUUGGAGAAGCACACGAUGCAGUCAUGAUAGAUGUUGUAAUCCUCGUGUGUUCUUGAGCUGUGCUUGUAACGCUUUUUACCUUUCUGCUCAUGUAAUUAUAAGCAGCAAUGGACGGUUUACCAGUUGCUUCAAA